CUACCAACCCUUCACCAGACCACCCAAAUGACCAAGAUGAAGCCUCACUGGAGGAACAGAGACUGCUUCUAGUGGAGGCAUCCAAGAAGGCAAGAUUAGAUGAGUCUCUCAUCAAAGAGAAAAUGGAUUUGACCUUCUCACUGAGGCGAAAGGAGGUUGUUGACAAACAGCCCAUGGUGCAAGAUUUGAAAGAUAGAUGGCCAGCUUUGUUCUUUAAAGACCAGAUUGGUGAGGAGUUUUUCCGUAUUACAAAUAAAGACUUAGUUGGAACAUUCAGAGCUGCAGUUGAAAAAUAUGCCCCCCUCCUGCUGAGAUUGUACCGAGCCCGAAAAACAGAGUUUGGCAAGGAUCUGAAUGAGAUACUGAGAAGGCUUGAUGAUGAGACUACCAACAUUGUAAGACACCGCGAGGAAGCAGCCAUGAAAGGACUUCCUGUGUUCCUACGUGAAGAUCCUAAUCAACUUUUCAAACAGUGUCUUGAAACUGAUUCAGAUGACGUGGCUGCCAAGGGAGUCUCUGUGGGAAUUCUGUAUGUCCUUGAGGACUGUGUGGCUGAAGCCUCAUCUCCCAAGAUUCAAAACAUCGCAGUCAUCUUGGAGGAAUCAAUAGCAGUAGAGGACCUUCCGGAUACUCCCACUGCCUUGGCCUACCUUCUUGGCCUCCUUUAUGCACUCAACAUUCCUUAUCCUAAGCACCUUAAGUACACCUUUGAAACACUUCAGAAGUCCAUCCCAGGACAAUGA